CUUUUCCACUUUAUAUCGUCGCUUUUACUGACGCAAAAAGAAAAGAAGAAAGAAGAACGAGGAUGAAAAGUUCCUUCAUUGCUUUAGCAUUAGCUUCGAUAGCUGUAUGCCCUAGUUUCCAAGAAGCAGUAGUGAAAGGCCCUCAGCGCCCUUUACAAGAUCCCCAACCUGUCAACUUUGUAGAAAAUAUUUUGACAAGUACUAAUGGCAAUGACUACUGCAAUCCUCAAGGUCAAAUUAGGGAUACUUGUUGUGAUUAUCAGAGCAUCGAAACUAUUCAAAACGAUGUAUUUGACAAAAUUCAAGAAUUAGUGCAUAGUAAAUUCUUCCGUUAUUAUAGGGCUAACUUAUGGAAGGAAUGCCCUUUUUGGAAUGAAGAGGCAUUAUGCACUAACCGCGAUUGCUCGGUCGCAACCACUGACGAGAAUAUGUUACCAGCAGAUUGGCGAAAGGCUGCAAGUGCCGUCCAGGUCUCACCUCAAGGAUCUCUAUUUCAACCUUUCCAACAUAAAUGUACCUACAAAGAUCAGGAUUUCUGUCUCGUAGACGAUCAACUGGAUUCAGACAAUGUUAUUUAUUUAGACUUAACCGAGAAUCCGGAACGUUUUACUGGAUAUGCAGGUCCAUCAUCCGGCAGAAUAUGGAAGGCUAUAUACGAAGAAAAUUGUUUUGAUAUUGUCCACAAGAUGACAGAAGGAUGUGAGACUUGUAAUAACAUUAUGAAUCUGGGUAAUCAACGUGCUGAAGCUGCUAGAAGUGCUGACCAGGCCGUGGUCAAAAAGUCAUCCAAUCCAUUUGCCGAAGUACCAUCCAAGCGAUCAGAACUGAAGCAAUUUUUGAAUGAUUUGGCAGAAGAGCCUGAUGGUGGUGAGGACAGUAAAGAUGAAGUGUGCUUGGAAAAGCGCGUUUAUUACAGAUUGAUUUCUGGAUUACAUUCUUCCAUUUCAAUCCACAUUUGUAACGAAUGGUUUUAUAAGGACAAAAAUCUUUGGGGCCCUAACCUGGAUUGUUUUGUCAACAGAAUCGGUUCUCACCCUGAACGUCUUCAGAAUAUUUACUUUACCUAUGCCCUUCUCUUGAGAGCUGUUCAAAAGGUAGAACCUUACCUUGAGACAUACGAAUGGCGUACAGGUAGCGUAGAAGAAGAUGACAGAACGCGAUCGAUGAUCAAGAAUCUUGUGAAAAGCAUUGAUACGUGUCCUUCUACGUUCGAUGAGAAUGCUAUGUUCAAGGGCCCUGGAGCAUAUGCGCUUAAGAAAGAAUUCAGAGAUCAUUUCCGUAAUGUGUCUAGCAUUAUGGAUUGCGUUGGCUGUGAAAAGUGUCGACUCUGGGGUAAAUUGCAAACUGUUGGUUUGGGUACCGCAUUGAAGGUCCUAUUUUCUUAUGAAGAUAAAUCAUUAGAUCCUGUCACGAAUCCUGAUCUUUUUGAAAGAAAUGAAAUUGUUGCACUAUUCAACACUUUCAAUAGAUUCUCAGAAAGUAUUCACUCUAUCAAAACAUUCAGAAAGAUGUACAUUGACAAAAAUAACGCACCUGAAGCAGUAAAACCAGUUGAACAUUUGACUCAACGUGCGUACAAGUUGAUAUUUAAGCUCUUAUUACAACUCAAACUUUGGAAUAUACCCGUCCCCAACUUCCUUGAGUCAUUACUUACCAAACAAAUGUUUUAAUGUAUAAACAAGUGCAUACGCUAUGUUCUCUUUUAUUGUUACUAUAGAUCUUUCUUUUCAUUUCGCAUUACAUAUAGUCAAAACCCCUCAAUAAAGCAUUCU